AAUAUCCCUACUACCCUCUUUUUCUCGCCCCAAAAAUUGCGUAGCAGAGCUCGAUCUUCUCUUUUUCUCGAGCUUUCUUUAAUGGCACUUGCCCAUUCCUUUUUUUUUAAUAAAAUUCUCACCGACGACUUUCUUGGUUUCAUCCGCUUUACACUUUGGUAGUUCCCCCUUCUCUCCUCUUCGCCGCUGUAGACACAUCAAAUCGUAAAACCUUGAAAAUAAACACCAAAAUCUCAAAAUUAAGGGGCUCCAGAUUUGGCCGAGGAAUCUGCAAUCACAUCCUCUGAGCAUACGUGAAAGAGACCACCCCCAAUCUCCUUAUAACUGGCAGAGGCAACAGUAGGGAUCCUACUGAAAUGGACCUUCAACAGCUUCAAAAUGAUACGCCAUUAGAGAGAUACAAUGCUGAAAAGAACCGGUACAAGGAAAACUGUUAUAUUGGUGAAUCAUCAACUUCCCAGCAACAACCCGAACCAGAAAUGAAAGAAGAGCAUCACUUUCCAGAAGAGCGUAGUUAUUCCAGAUCUGUAUCGGAACGGAUCGAAACUCUCAUGGACAGGAUUUACAGACAGAAAAUGACCGACCAGGAGGCAGAUAUGAAAUCUAUAUUAUGGUUAUAUCAUAGGGUGAAGACAUUACCCCUAGUCAAUGCCCAAAAUAUCAAGACUAACGAUGGCAAGUUCAAGGAUGGCCAUUUGGCAGAACAUGAAAUGAUGAACAAGUUCCUUGAAACAUAUGAGUUAAAGCAAAAUUUGCUAUACGAAAAAUUAGACCUACAACUAUCUGAGGAUUCGGGAAAUGCGAGUUUACCAACCGAGCAAAAUGAGUUUUCUUUGGCGUGUGCUCCUGCUCAAGAUCGUGGAAGUUGCAAGUCUUUUGAGUCUAAAUUUGUUCAUUUCAUAAACCAACUUUACGACAAUGACAACAACGAAGUGGAGUACAAAGAUUUUCAAGGCUUAGAAGAUGCAUUAGCAAACACUGCAUGGGGGGAAGUUCCAGACUACCUCAAAUCUAUUGGGAUCCGAAUAGAAGAUGCUGGUGGGAAAGCUACUGAGUUUUCUCAUACUGGAAUACAAAUUCUGGUCUGCGCUGUAAUUAAAGAGAUGGAAGAUAUGUCACUUGAGGAUUUGGAUUGGGGUACAUUGAAAAAGUGGGUAGCUGCUUUGAAUUACGCUAAUGAACAUGGUUUUCAAGUAGCAUUUGCAAAUAAUCUGUUGCAGAGGAAUGUGGUUGCCUACUUUCAGAAAAAGGAGCACUAUCAACUCUCAUAGUUUAUAUUUAAUCCUGUAUCUAACAUUCUGCUAUGUUUUAAUGUCUCAUUUUGCGUCAAGUAUGUUUAUGGUUUUCAAUGUCUAAAAUAGUGAGUUGUUGUAUUAUGGUUUUCAAUGUCUAAAAUAGUGAGUUAUUGUAUUGGGUA